AACCGUGCAAGCCAACGCAACUUGAAGCUUGCCAAAACAACAGCAUAUCAUCCAUCACUCACAAAACAAUCAGCCAAAAUGGAGGUUUUACUAGGUAUCACGGGCAAGGACUUUACCAUCAUUGCGGCGUCCAAGGCCGCUAUGCGGGGAGCGACCAUCCUGAAGGCAUCUGACGACAAGACAAGGUCGCUGAACAAGCACACACUGAUGGCAUUCUCCGGUGAAGCUGGCGACACAGUACAGUUCGCCGAGUACACCCAAGCCAACGCCCAGCUCUACUCCAUGCGCAACGGGACCGACCUUUCCCCUUCUGCCCUUGCCAACUUUGUCCGCGGCGAGCUUGCGACGAGCUUGCGCUCCCGGAAACCCUACAACGUGAACCUCCUUCUCGGAGGUGUCGACCCUAUCACCCACAAGCCCAGCCUCUACUGGCUCGACUACCUUGCGUCGUUGGCGAAGGUCCCCUACGCCGCCCACGGCUACGCACAAUACUACUGCCUCUCGAUUCUCGACAAGCACCACCACCCAGACAUCACCCUUCACCAGGGCAUCAAGCUUCUCAACCUGUGCACCGACGAGCUCAAGAGGAGGUUACCCAUAGACUUCAAGGGCAUGACGGUCAAGGCGGUAACGAAGGACGGCAUUAUCGAUAUUGAGUUCGACGACGACAAGGUGGUUAAGAUGGCUUGAUUCGUGGGGAUGCUUGCUUACUUGCCUGCUUGCGGCUUGGGAAGCCUUGCGGGGGAAGGACAACUCUGUAUAAUAAUACCCAUACGACGGAAAUGCAUGAGUCCAGGUGGUUUCCACCAACGGGAGACCCCUGGCGAAUUUGAUGUUCAUAAAGAAAGAGAGAGGAAGAAGCAAGGCUAUCAUGUU